GUUCACUAUAAAUGUCCUCGACCGUUUCACAUUGUCAAUAUCGGGACGAGGACAAGGGUCUGAACUGAAACACCCAUACGGCACCAUGACUUUGAACGAUGAACGAGGACAGGACAACACCGAUCACGAAACGGAGAACUCGUCGGAACAUCAACAGCGACAACACACCGAGCCCGCUGAUGAUGAACGUAAUCAACUGUUCGAACAAGCUUUUCAUGACCUGCAAGGGGUCGAGGAACUCGGAGGAUAUCCGUCGGAGCCGGUCGGACCUCUCACUACUGCCUCUGCGAUAGAUCCUGCCAUCGAUAACCAGCGUGUGGACGAGUUCCCAGCGUCGUGCAUCCCAGCCGAGACGCCCACGUCAAGUUCGCCCGCACGUAAAAGGCGAAAUGGCGGCAGAGGGCGCGGUCAGACUCUGACGAAGCGCAACGACGAUAACCGGAACGAAGUAACCCCUUCUACGUCUGGUCUAGUAGAAGCCCAAGGAACCACUCGGGACUCAUCAUCCGGCGCAGGUCCAGCGACGGCCAAAUCUGCCGGCAACGUCGACACUCCAAGCAAGUAUACCAACAAGGAGCAACUCGCCCUGCUCCGUCAGUUCUACCUCGAGAACCCUACACCCACCAAGGCUCAGAUCAUUGAGUUGGCCAACACUACCGGUCGGCCCUGGAGCAAAGUCAAGGAGUACUUUCGGCAGCGCAGAAACAAGUUGAGAGGGGUGGACGAAGCCGGUCUUGACGGCAUGGAGGAACCCGAUCGGGCAACAAGCUGGUUGCAGAUGUCUUACCGUCCCGCACCUUCGGCAACGGUAUCUCAACUUGACAUCUAUCUCGCCUAUCAAUCACGCUUCGACCCUUUCCACAAGGCGUCGCCCCUUCUCGGUGGACAGGACCUUAUCCGACUGGCCUGUGCGACGUUCGAGGGGUGUGGUCUUGCUCGUGACGACGAAGGGGAGUGGAUCAUGAGAGGCCUCGGCGAAAAAGUCGAGGGUACAGAGGCGGAUAGCGACGGACAUCGAUCGGACGGCGCGAGAAGCCAGCUUCGAAAGGUGUCCGCGAUGGAAGAGUACCUUGUCGGCAUGCCAGAACCGCUGCGGGCCAGUACAUGGCUCAUGCACAACUACCAACCGGGACAAGCUUCUUCUUCCGCCAAUGCAGUCGACUCGCCGGCCGCUCAGGUAACCUCAGUCAGCCAGUCCGACCUCUAUGCUUCCUAUUUAGCACGUUUCGGCUCCGAUAUAUCGGCCCAAGCGGAUACUUCUGAUUCGGCGGGAAACGCCUUGGUUCCGCCAUCCUCAGCUACUGGGGACCUGGACGUCGAACCUGUGUAUACAAGGUCUGGCUCUGCGCCCGGCAGUGAAAUUCAGGACGUUCGUACUUCGGACGUCAGGGAUGAGCCGGGUUCUGGUGCCGGACAGAAACAAGCUCCCAAGCUUCCGGCACAUCGAGCUUCGACUCGUUCCAUCCGACUGCUGAAUCCGCUCGAAUUGAUCAAUCUCACCAAAAUGACGUUUCCCGGUUCGGAAGCCAUAGUCGACGACAAGGGAAAAUUCAUUAUUAAAGGGGUUGAUCGGCGCGAAGGUGUCGGCAAGUACAAAGUGCCGGCAGCGGGCCGCACCAACGAUAUCUUCCCUUUCGGACUACUGAACGUCGAUCCAUCUUCAGCUGAUCAUCCCUUCACAUCGAUCAUCAAGCGCAAGCUCGAUGUCCUCCAAAACCAAGCGGACUUGCAACCCAAAGCCAAAAGGGCACGCGAGAGCGAACCUGCUUCGAGUAAUACGCCGAUUCAACCCGUCCUCGAGGCACAAUCACCACAGACUUUGGUCACGGCGGAAGAACUCGAAAGGCUCGCACAGACUAGUCAAGACCAGGAGCCGCCGUAUAGCGAAGUAUUGCCCGCCGCAGACCGGGAACUGGUGGAAGGGCUCCGGCGUUUCAAAGACAGCCGACUUGGCCGGGAGAUUAGGGAUGUAUGUGUACAGCAAUGAAGCAACGAAAAGAGCAAAUGGUA